AUGAUGUCUAGCCCGGCCAUACUGACCACUUCUGAAGGCGACCGGAAUGCCGAUAAUAUAUUCCUCCAAGAAAUCAGCAAAACGAACCCUAUCGAUGACAAAGAACGAAUCCUUGCAUCUAAGGGCCCCUUCAUAUACGAAUCCUUUUGCUGGAUCCUAGAGCAUCCCGAUUUUAAGACAUGGCGGGAUACGAGAAACAGUGGUGUUUUUUGGAUCAAAGGUGACCCCGGAAAAGGCAAAACAAUGCUUGUGUGUGGAAUUAUCAACGAAUUGGAAAAUAAUUCCAAGUCACAAGAGAAGUUUGCGUACUUCUUCUGCCAAGGCUUGAUUUACUCGGUCCUUCGUCGAAAUCAAAGGCUUCUUUCACAUAUCCGAAAACAAACUGAAAUGGAACCAAAAGGUCACUUAGAAGGGCCUAAUGCAUGGGUUUCUCUCUGCAAGAUUUUCACAGCAAUUAUGGAAGACCCAUGCAUGACAGAUUUUACUUGCAUUGUUGAUGCCCUCGAUGAGUGUCAACAGCAGGAAUCACGAAAAGUACUCCUCGAGUUGAUUGUUAAAACGAGUGACAAAAUCAAGUGGUUAGUGUCUAGUCGAAACGAGAAGGAAAUAGAACGAUGUUUGAAGUCGAUCGAAUCUCAUAAAAGGUUGAUGUUAGAGUUAAAAGGUAAUUCAAAGCACAUCUCCAAGGCUGUCGAUAUAUAUAUCGAUCGCUGUGCUCGAGACAUUGAGGCACUUGAAGAUGACGCGGCUCUUCGUCAUACAACUAUUAACUCACUGAAAACAAAGGCAAAUGGCACCUUUUUGUGGGUAAAUCUCGUCGUCCAGCAACUGAGAGAUGCUGGCCGUCCGCAUAUCGAAAGUAUUUUGAAAGAAAUGCCGGAUGAUCUAGAAAGCCUUUACGAUGAAAUAUUGAAUCGUUCGAAGAAAGGAUGGGGAAAGGACAAAGAAGCCUGCCUGGUUUUACUGGCGACAAUUACUUCCGCCGAGCGGCCGCUUCAUGUUGAUGAAUUAUAUAUACUCGCCAGCUCACAAACCCUUCGACGCAAUAUCUAUCAUAUCAGAUCCCCAGGGAAACACGUGGAUGAAAUCAUUCCACCGAAUCCGAACCCCUUAGCAUCGAAGGAGUAUUGCUCCAAUCUCCACAAUUUCAAGAUCAAGAAUGGCUUGAAGAUGAUGGAAUACUUCACUCGUUUCUUAAAAAGUCGCUGUAUUGCUCCCCAGGCGGCAAUUGCCAUUCAUAAACUGCGAAACCUAAUCGCAGAUUAUUGCAGAGUUGGGAACAAUGGUGAUCAAACCGUCGGGGUCCCUGAUUCGCAAAACGCAGACAACGAUGUAUAUCAUCAGCAGCCAUUCAAUUCUGUCCCCAUGAUAACGUCAGGGGUAUUGAUAAAGAAAAAACCGAAAAGAAUACUGGAACUGACGAGAGACGUCUAUCGAUUCAUUUGGGAUUUGACCUCCGGAGCGUGUUUACGGACACUUCAAGGCAAAGUGUUCUUCUCACCAAACAAUACCCAAUUGGCAUUGGUCCGUUGGGAGAUUUGCAACGAUACUUCAACGAAAAUAGAGAUUUGGGAUCUGAAUACAGGCAUUCACCUCAAGACAGUGGAUAGCGAUCUAAGUUAUCCUUUUAGCGUGGGCUUUUCAGCAGAUGGCGCACGCCUAGCCAUUAUGGGCGAGGAAACCAUCAAUAUUCACGAUCUUGCUACAAACACAGUCUUACAGACACACUCUAGUCACUCUGGGGAAAUAUUCAUAGCAGCUGUAUUUCCAUCGAAUUGCGCACAGUUGGACGCGACAUCCAGUGGCGGUAUACCUGGACGACGGAAUCCAGGAACCGAUACGCGCGCAUCAGCUGUCACAGAUCGAAACUUUCGUGCCAAGAUAUUGUCGUGGGUCGAGGGAACUUCAACCCUCAGGGUUUUGGACUUUGCGACCGGCAAAUGCAUACAGAGCAUAACUACAGAUGUAGACGCCAAUUUAAGCCAUACAAACGUCAACGUGGUAUCAUUAUCACCCGAUGGUAUGCGACUGGCACUAUUUUAUGGGAAGGAAGGUGUCACUAGCGUUUGGGAUCUUGUCACUGGUGAAUGCAUGCUGACACUCAGAGAAAAUCCUAUCCCUCGUCUAUCGUUCGGAAAAGCUAUGGCUUUCUCCCCUGAUGGUAUGCGGCUGGCAUCAGCAGAUAUUACAGAUAUCAAUGUUUGGGAUGUUGCCACUGGUGAAUGCCUGCAAACAUUUCGGGGCCAUGAAGGUACUUCUGUCGAUUCUCUCGCCUAUUCUCCGGAUGGUUUGCGGCUAGCGUCAAAAGCAUUUGGUGACACCAUAGCCAAAGUUUGGGAUAUGUCUGCUGGUAUAUCUCCCCAGCUGCCAGGGAGCUCUUCGCCAUCGGACGAUCGAAUUCUCACAAUGACAUUUUCGCAUGAUGGUAGAUGGCUAGCAUCAGGAUCAACUGAGAAAUUAGUCAGGAUCUGGGACCCAGCCACGGGUGCCUGUCUUCGAACGCUUCCGAUGUCAGACGAAGUCGAUCUCAUUGUUUAUUCACUAGACGACACGCAAGUUGCUGUAGCAGGCUGUAACAGUAUUAUAAGUGUUUGGAAUCCAGCCACAGGUGUACGCCUGUGGACACUCCGGGGCUGCACAGGGACUGUGCGAUCAAUGGUGUUUUCUCCAAGUGCUACUCACCUGGCCUCAGCAUCAGACGAUGGAACGCUUAAGAUCUGGGAUUUAACAGCAGAAAGUUGUUUAUAUACCAUCCUCGAUUUCCAUUCGACUUCGCUGAUAGGGUUUUCACCAGGCAGCACAUUACUGUCGUCCCUAUCACGCAAGGGUACUUUUAAGAUUUGGGAUGCAUUUACAGGCGUAUGUCUCUUAACACUUGAGGAAUGGGUGGCAGGAUGGCCAUUGGAGCCUGCAAUGAUUUAUUCUAUUUUAAAACCGACUUGGGAUAGUGGGAGACCAGUCACUGUCCCUCGUCUGGACUUACUACUGGGAUACAGCUGUGAGAUACCAGCGCUUGAGCUCAGUGCAUAUGAGAAAGCGUGGAUUUUUAGGCGACAGGAGCCAGUACUCUGGCUUCCCCCAGAUUAUCGGCCUGGGAUUUUCGAAGCACGCGUCGAAUACGCAGACGUCGACUUCUGCGUUCUCUUCGGAAAGGUCAAUUUAGGAAAGCUUCAUCACAACUUCGUAUCUACAAGUCAAGUUGCAAGUCUCGAUCGACGUACAGGGCAGGAUGGAAAUGAACCACAUGGUGUCGGACUAGGUGUAGCUGACCAAGCCGCUCCACAAGAGAUGGCGUCCGUCCGUUGA